AUUGGAUUGUAAGCAGGAGACGCCCUCUACGAACAGAGAUACACACACAAACAGCAUUCCAUUAUGGCAGAUGCACUAAAAAACAUCCGCUCCAAAUUUGUAAACAGUGUGUCAAAGGAAGUUAUUCACCAGCUGCUUGAUGACCUUCUGGAGGACCAGGUUCUCAAUGAUGGGGAGGUUGAGCACAUCAAGGAAGGGGCCAGUAUGAGAGCAGAAAAGGCUCGUUCCCUGAUGGACAUGGUGCGAAAAAAGGGCGACGCAGCCAGCAACACGAUGAUCAAACGACUUAAAGAGCGAGACCCCGUGCUCUUCAAAGACCUGGACCUUGACUCCUAGUCUCAGCCUCCAGCAAUGUCAAUAUGUGUUCUCUUGGACAAUGAACUUAAAACUGCAAGCCCAUAAAUCCUUUGGAGGGCAUGGUUGUCAAUCACCGGGAAAUGUUUGAGAAAGUGUCAUUGCUAUACCAUGCAUUAAGGAUUUAAGUGUAUACAAUCUUAUGAAUGGAUGUUCAUCCUAGAAGGAAGGAAGGAAGAUAGAUGCAUAGACAUAGUCCAGGUAGUUUUGAUAUGUCACAUUCACAUGAAAUGUAUCUGUACCGUUCCUGGUGUUUCUGGAAGGUUUUUGAACCAUAUUCUGCAAGGGUAAAUCCAAACCAGCCUUGGGGUCUUCACCUCUCUCAGGAUUUUUUUCAGCUCAUGAAUGAUUGUUUACUGAUCACUGUAAAUUUUGUAACUGCAACAUUUUAACAUCAGUUAACUGGAUCUGAAUUUUCAGCACACUUGAAUUUUCUAAUUUGUCCAUGUAUUCAAGACUUUUUAACCCUUUUGAUAAAAAAAUCAUGUACUGAGUAUAAGAAUGAGUUUUAACUCAAAUAAAAACAAGCACAAUGUC